UUUGUCUUUUCUGCGUUGUUGAUUUUUCUGUUUCUCUAUUCGGAGCGUCAGCGUUAGUAAUUCAUCCGUGUUUUGCUGUUUCAGGAGGCAAAUUGGGUAUAUUUCAUUCUUUAUCUUUCCUGUCGUUUCCGUCGUUUGGUUAUGGUUUGCGCAAACGAAGUUUAGAGCAAGCGAAUGGCACUGUCGGCGGCCGGAUCGUCGUCCGGCGCCGCCGUGGCCUCCGAGCAUGCUAAUGGGUCAGGCAUGGGUGAGACGGAGGCGGACCGAUUUGAUGUGGACGCAGAAUUGCGGGAGGUGGGAGGUUUCUCCAGGUUUCAGAAGCGAUCCUUGGCCGCCAUGGGCUGUGUGUGGAUGUUGGGGGCUGCGGAGGUGUGUCAGCACCCAUUGACUGUGCUCGAGCCACGGUACGUGGACUGCCUGCAAAAUUGUCACCUCCGAAGCGGCUGGGUAGCUCAACGGCCUAGCGGGGAUGUCGGUGGGCGCGACCUAGCAACUACGAGUGCGGAGGAGCCUAAACAUGUUCAUUCGCUCAUGGAAUUAAUUAACAGGAGCAGUAGUGUACUCACGUGUCCGCGCGGCUGCUACAUACGAUCACAACUUCUAAAAUUUCGUUUGGAAAUGAUACACCAAAAGGGUCUGAGCAGAGCUGUCCCAUCGGCAGGCGCCGGGGCGGUUUUAUGCAAACAUGUGCCGGGUACAUUUUUUGUCGCAGGCCGACCGACCUGUUUGCGUGCCCGAGCACCGACGUCAGGAGUUUUCAUUCAAUAUAGAUACGAUUUCGAAAAAAAUAAGUGAAACACGAGGAAGCGGGACUGCGAUGCCGAGGGCGGCGUCCUGAGAUGCGGUAAGCCCUCAUCUCAGUUUCAAACUGUGGUCUGGGGGAUAAGCCCCGCGCGUAGACGUUUCAAUUUGAAUUUUCUUUGUUUCGCUCAUCGUUUGCUCCCUCUUGCCCUCUGCGUGGGCUCUUUCUUUUCAUACCUGCAAAGGAGCGUAUUUGUCAGUUGUGAUCAAGCGGAUAAGAGACAGUAGCAGGGCGUUGGCACGGACACGCGAUGCGUUUACCGUUGAUAGCGAGAUCCGACAAAGAACUCGACGGCACCGGGACCGGCCCCAAACGGUGGCAAAGCAGGCACUAAUUCAACGACAUCAUCGGCUUCUACAUCCGGAAGUAAUUCCGUCAGUACUACACCAGGGACGGCACCAGCAUCUCCGGGCAUGGCCACACCCGGAGCAACCACCCCACGGCCAGCGCAUCCUGCGUCCGUGCAUGCGGGCUUGCAAGCAUUCAGUUCCACUACCACAGUCGCGCCACUGCUGCCGCAAACGAGCGUUUUGUCCGCCGGUCCGCAGAGAAUCUAUUUUUCGCAAAUUCCGUGCCAUGGCAAGAGUGUGUGGGCUAAAGACGUGGAGGAGCGACGAAGGGCGCUGUCUCCCACCGAUGUUGCUGGCGAGUUCACUUCUCGUCGCAUCGAACAGGAAAUAAACCAGGAACAGCAGCUUGUGUACGAGUUCGUGGCCCCAGGAAAAUCGCUGAUUACCAGUUUCAAUCUGGUUUGCGAACGCCGGCACUACGUGGAGACCACGGGGUUCGCGUACUUUUUCGGUUUACUCCUGGCACUGGUGGCAAUUCCGCGCAUCGCAGACGGGCUGGGGCGCAGGCCUGCCUUGUAUGGCAGCUUAGUAUUACAUCAGGUACAGGAACAGGAUCAGGACAUAGCAAUGUAUGAUUUGUUAUAUUUCGUCUCUUUUAAUACAGAACACAUAGGAUAGAAAUUGCCUGAUUCUCGGCGGUUUCGAUACGACACACAAACUACACAAGGCGGAACAGAUACGCAUUUUCCCAACCUCAAAAUGAAAGCUCGCCGCCACCGGGAUAUGUUUUGUGACGGAGGUGGACAGUUACACGUUUUCGCGGUGCCUCCUUGGGUUUGCCAAUGGUGGGAUGGGCAUGAUUGCGUGGCUGCUGCUCACGGAAUUGGUGCCGAUUGAGUUUCGGCGAAUGCAAGUGCUCCAGAUGAACGGGCUGUUCGCCGUAGGUGCGAUUUUGGUGUCCCUUCUGAUGAUGGUGUUUGCGACGGACUGGCGGUCGGUCACGAUCGUCAUCUGCCUCAUGAGCUGGUUCUCGCUGUUGCUGCCCAAAGUGCCGGUGCUGGAGAGUCCGCGGUGGUAUUUCGCCCAGAACCGCAUCGAGGAGUGCAAAACGGUGCUGAUCCGGAUCGCGCAGAUCAACGGGCGCAAGGACUACAAUCCCUAUCACCCGCGCACCAAAAUCGACUACGCGCUCCCGAUGGUUGACGAAGAGAUUUUCAGCAUUGAGGCCUCCGUAUCCCACAGAAAAAGGAAGGCAGGGCAUGAAUACUUAUCUCAAUUAUGCAAAAGUAAAAACACAGUCACAGAAAAGGCUGCAGUGCGUAUCUUGAGCAGCAUGCGAUGACGAGCUCGCCCAGGACUGAUUUUGGUGAUGGUUAAAUAAUGUGAACAUAAACAUGCCUGCUUAUUUCUUUCUCAUACUCCGACGAGGAGCCGGAGAGUGCGGCGUCCUCGGUCGGCGCGGGAGACCACCAGCUGGACCACCAGAACGGUGGCGCCACUUCUAUGCCCGCCGGAAAGUACACACCGCCCACACGUGCGACGCCAAGCGACACAGUCGUUGGUAUUCCGGUUCACGACCAAGGGCGGAAUCCGGAUUUUGUCGUCGCGCAGGGAACUGCGAGGGCCCUUUCGGAGAAAGAGCACGCCGCGAUGCCGUCCGCUGGUAUAAAGAAGUUAUACAUGAUCAUCAAUUCAUAUGCUUUUCUUGAAGUUGAUUCUAUGGAAUAUCCACUUUUGACCUUCGAGGUGUCUUCUUUGUAACUUUUCUUUCCGUUUGCCCAUAUAAAUAUGAUUUCAAUAUCCCGCCUGAUUUCAGUGACUAUAAUCAAUGCGAGUAAAUAAAACGCCUGCACGGCAGGCCCAUUCCCGACUGGAGUCCGGGCACGUUUGAAGGACGAGCUUUCCGGGGGCGCGGCGCCCGGCUCGAGCCCCGGCACGCCUGGAAAAAAGAAAAAGGCCCCGCCCGCGCUUUGGUGCCAUCACAAGCUGCGUCCGUGGAUCGCGGCCCUUUCGUUCUCGUGGUUUGCGGUCCAGAUUGGGUACUGGGGCAUCGCGUUCGACGUGGAGAACCUCUCCGUGUCGCGGGAGGAGCGGCACACGGUGCACGCGUCGCGGCCGCACCCGGAAAACAACGCCAUCGUGAACCAGGAUGAGAAUCGGUACACUUACAGCGAGAAGGACGUGUACUGGACCGCGAUCCAGGCCUACCUGGUCGAGUUCCCCGCCAUCCUGGUAGCGGCCUACGCGCCGGACGCGCGGUGGUUCGGCCGGCGCGGCGUCUCCUACUGCUCCUUGGUGGGGGGCGGGGUCGCGGUGCUGGUCGGUUGCUUUUGCCAGGCGUUUCUCGGGAGCAGCACGCUGGCGCUGUACGGCGCGUUGCUGGGCCGGUUUUUCGCCACGGUCGCGUUUUGCGUUUUGUACACGUUCGGCACCGAGGUGUUUCCCACGGAGGUCCGGGGGCGCGCGCUCGGAUGGCAGAGCCUCGCCGCCCGGUUCGGCGGACUGCUCAUUCCCUACCUCGUGGCCCUGGACCGGCUCUGGUUCGCCGGGGCCACCAUGCUCAUGCUCGGCUUCCCGCUGAUCGCCGCCGGGUUUGCCGUGCGGAAGUACUGCCCGGAAACCCUCGGCGAGCGGAUGACCGACACCGUGGAGGAGCUGGAGCAAAGACACGCGGAUCCAGGGAAGUCGCCGCGGAGAAGCCCCAGCUCGCAGUACCACAUUGGCAGCAACGUGGACACGGACGCCGCACACCGGGGGGAGACGGGCGGCAGCGUUAUGGGGCGUCCCGCGUCGCUCAAUUUUGGGGAGGAGGAGGACGAAGAAUGACAGAGUUCCUCUCCAUCGCAGGAGAGCCGCGCUUAGGUGGACUUUGUCCUGACUGUCGCUAUCUAAUAAAGAAGGACUUGAUCAUGAUCAUCGUCCAACGAAUUGGUACAGCGUUUUUGACCUCGAAAG